GUAACCUUGUUCUAUAUAUAAAGACGCGCCAUUUCAUCAGUCUAUGCAGAUUUGUUGAACGAAAACGAGCCAUUGCGAAACAGAAAGCAGGAAGAAAAAAAAAUGAAAGUGAUAAUUGGCGUUGUUUUGCUGUUUGUAGUGACACAUGGUUUAGAUAAGCUGAUAGGUCCUGACGAAAAAAAUUUACAAAAAGAGGGGUUACUAGCUGCAUUUCCUGUAUUGGCUAAGUCAUACAAAAUUUCGUUUGAUUUAAAACCGAAUUCAUACUCAUAUGGUUUUCAUAAUGUUAUUCAUUUCGUUGUUGGUAAUGAUUUCAGUAGAUAUAGAAAUAGUACUCCAGCACUUUCGUUUUACGAGGAUAAAUAUAAUUCUGAAGGCUUUUACAUUGCUACAUCUAUAAAUGGAAAUCCUAACAGAGGAAUAUAUACCGAUGCACUUCCACUCAAUGAGUGGACAAACGUUGUUAUUAGUCAACAACGUAAUAAUAGCAAAUAUGUUUUCACAAUCGAUCUAAAUGGAACAAAUGUGUUUACUGAAAGGAACAACAAACCCCAAAAUUUUAACAAUGUCAAAGUUUUUGCUUCAGAUCCUUGGUAUCCAUCUCAUGAUGGAUCAAUAAAAAAUCUAAUUAUUGAAAAUGGGGAGCUAGGUGAAUCAUUUGCGAAAGCUCUAUGGACUCAUUACUAUGUGGACAAUUCAGAAUAUGACAUCGUGAGACUGAAGAGAAACAACUUGGUUGCGAGUUUGUCAACUUUAGAAAAAGCAUUUUAUGUUCGUUUUGAUUUAAAACUUGACAGUUUUUCAGAUGGAUAUAGAAGUGUCAUUCAUUUGACAAUGGGAGGAAAUGAUUUAAUGUACGGUGAUCGAAUUCCUGGCGUUUGGAUUUUUAAUAAAAGGUUACACGUUGCUUUUGCAUUAAAAGGUCAUGAAACAUUUAAAUCUAAACCACUUUUCCUAGACGAGUGGAUAAAUGUUAAAAUAGAGCAAACUGUUGAAUCAGGGAGAGCUUAUUUUAAAAUAUUUAUUAAUCACAAUAAAGUAUAUGAAGUACAAAACUAUAACGCACGAGUAUUUACAAAUAUCGACGUAUACGCUGGAGAUCCAUGGUAUGAAGCCCAGCAUGGCUUAAUCAAAAACUUCGAUGUCUGGAAUACCUGGAUUUACGGGAAUGAUGAACCGAAAAAAAGUUUGAAAAAAGACGCCUUAAGAAAAAAGACAGUUGGGUACAAAUUUUAAAUUGUUACAAAGACUUUUUUCCUACUUUGAAUAUGUAUUUUUUUAAUAAAAAAAAAAAAAUCAUCUCUCGCAUUGUA